UGCUGAUGGUGGGUUUCUCUUCAUCUCAUGCUCACCGUUCGCUCAGUCCGUAGAUAGCCGUUGGAGCGUUAGUACACGCGAGUGUAGCAGCAGCUCACAAGUAGGCGCUACGCCGUCUAGUGACGGGUUUCGGUGCGUUUUGAGUAGUGAUUAGUUCCCGAGAGUCACCGAGUGACACCAAAAAGUGGUGAGGAUGCCGGACGCUACGCGUGCCUCGAUUGAAUCCUUGGUUAAGGAAUUCAACGGUGGAGCCAGCGGUUGGAAGCGGUUGCAUCAGUCCCGAACGCGCUUUAUGCCCAUCGUCUUUGGCCGGGAUGGGAAACCUCAGCCGAAGAAGGACUUUCGCAGUGUAGACGCCCAGGAUUUCCACGAUCUCCGCGCAAGCUGUCUUCGCACCAGGACCCUAUUUGAGGAUCCGGUUUUCCCCGCGGACAAUUCCUCACUCGAUUUCGGCGGUGGUUUAUCCCUGUCCCACAUCAAAUGGCUUCGGCCGAGCGAGAUUUCACCGAAUCCGGUGUUCUACGAAGACAGCUACUCGCGGUUCGAUGUGAACCAGGGAGAGUUAGGAGACUGUUGGUUGCUGGCAGCGGCAGCAAACCUAACCCAGGAACCGCACAUGUUCACGCGAGUCGUCCCAGAGGAUAACAGUUUCACGGUGGACUACGCAGGGAUAUUUCAUUUCACGUUCUGGAGAUUCGGCCACUGGUACGAUGUGGUGAUUGACGAUCGGCUACCCACCCACCAGGGGCGAUUGGUUUACAUGAGGUCAUCGGAGAAGAAUGAAUUCUGGAGCGCACUGCUGGAGAAGGCGUACGCCAAACUGUUCGGGUCGUACGAGGCCUUGCGAGGUGGUUCGGCGAGUGAGGCGAUGAUAGAUUUCACCGGAGGUAUCUCGGAAACGUACGAUAUGAAGGAAGCUCCGAAGGAUCUGUUUCAGAUUAUUGAGAAAGGGUUCAACAAUCACGCAAUGUUUGCGUGCAGUUUGGAACCGGAUCCACAGCGACCGGAGGCAGAAACGGCCCAAGGGUUGAUUAGAGGGCACGCAUACUCGAUCACGAUGGCAAAAAUGGUGGACAUUCAGACGCCCAACGUGAAGGGGAAAAUUCCGCUGCUGAGACUGCGGAAUCCAUGGGGAAAUGCUACGGAAUGGAACGGAUCGUGGAGUGAUCAAUCGCCCGAGUGGAAGUACAUAUCGGAGGAAACGAAGCGGGAAAUUGGACUGAUAUUCGAGGUGGAUGGGGAGUUCUGGAUAUCAUUCCAGGACUUUGUGAAGUAUUUCGAUCGAAUCGAAAUGUGCAAUCUCAAUCCGAAUUGUCCAAUCGUACAACGAACGGCAUAUCCUUGGAAACAAUCGGCGUUCGAAGGAGAAUGGGUUAUUGGUAGCACAGCUGGCGGGUGUAGAAAUUUCCCGGAUACCUUCUGGCACAACCCACAGUACGUAGUUGCUCUGGAUAAUCCAGAUAAGGACGAUGACGAAGCCAAAGCUACGGCUAUAGUUUCACUGCUGCAGAAGAAUCGCCGUUCCAAGCAGAACAAGGGAACCGAUUGUCUCACCAUUGGGUUCAUUGUGUAUCGUGUGACCGAACGGGAUCUUGUUAAGAAACCAUUGCCCAAAGAAUUCUUCCUACGAAACGCUUCCGUAGCGAGGUCCACCUAUAUCAAUCUCCGAGAGGUGACCUGCCGGUUUAGGUUAGAUCCCGGAACGUACGUUGUAAUACCGUCGACAUUUGAGCCGAAUCUUGAGGGGGAAUUCAUGAUUCGGGUGUUUUCGGAGUGUCCAAAUUGUAUGCGGGAGAACGAAGACUGCGUCGGUGUUUGCGAUCAGGAUCCACGGGUUGCGCCUGAUACCAACAACAGCAAGUCAGUAGCACCAAUUCAGAUUCUGGACAGUCCAGAUCCGACGAAACCCGACCCUCAGCGAAAAGCCAUGGAGCGGCUGUUCAUCGAAGUGGCCGGCUCGGAUGGAGAGAUCGACUGGAUGGAACUCAAGAUGGUUUUGGAUCACUGCUUCCGUGAUGACAUCACGAUCGCUGCCAGAGGUAUUACCCGAACUUACUACAUGCCAACGCUGGAGUCCGAAAUCAAGAAGGUGAAACCGGUGCCACCUGAAGCCGAGCCAGUCGGCUGUGGGUUGCUGGAUAUCUUGCGAAAUUGGUACAUCAACAUGGCUGGUGGAGACAACCGCCCAGCGCAGGAGACAUCCACCGAUUUGGUGGUCUCGAAGGAGAAGGCCCCUCUGCUAGCGGGUGAGAUAGGUCCGGAUUCAAUCGGCGCCGGGUUCUCCAAGGAUUCCUGCCGAUCGAUGGUAGCCAUGCUGGACGAGGAUGGAUCCGGGAAGUUGGGUUUCGUGGAGUUCCAGAAGCUGUUGACGGAAAUUGCCCGCUGGAAGGCGGUCUUCAAGCUGUACGAUCAGGGCAAAACGGGACACCUGAACCCGUUCGAGUUGAGGUCCGCUCUCCAGUCAGCCGGUUACCACCUGAACAACAAUAUUCUCAACAGUCUGAUGCACCGGUACGGUUCGAAGGAGGGAGAAAUAUGGUUCGAUGAUUUCAUCACGUGUGCGGUUAAAAUUAAAACCAUGAUCGACAUCUUCAGUACGAAGGUUGUGGAUGGCAAAAACAUAGCAUCCUUUAGUAUGGACGAAUGGAUCCACAAAACAAUCUAUUCUUGAAGUAUCUUUCAAGAAUAUGACCGAGGCGUUCUUAAUGUAAUUACCUUUAUUUAUUGUUGCGUCACUCUAUAGGAAAUUUAUAAAUCCGUUAAGAAUGUUGAAUUUCAAUGAACAACGGUUUGUAUUUGAUGACUUUCCCAGGCUGAGGAUUAAACGGAAUAUUGCUUUUAAGGACUACGUAUUCAUUAGAGAUGAAACGGAUAUCUGGUAGGGAACCAGCUAGAAAAAAUCAGAAAAAACCAAUAAUUUGUCAUUAACAUAAGAUAAAUGUUUUUUUUUAAAUUAAAUUAAUAUCAAUUAAUAACAUUAAAUCAUUGACACUAUUACUUUUAUUAUAAAUUUUUUCGAUUAUAAAUCGACCGAUUCCAGUUUGCUAUCUACACCAAGCCAGCUUCAGAGAACUUUCACUGUAAACACUACUGUAAGGAGCUGGAAGAUAAACUCUGGCACAACUUGCCAGUUGGAGGCACUGCUUAGAGUUCAAUGAUCACCAAACGUAAGGGACGUGAUUGUGAUCGAUUUGAAAUGUUUUCGCAUAACAGUCGAUUUCGAUUUCGCUGACUAUCUUUUUCAUUUGCCACAUCUAUGAAACUGUCCCAAAAGGUGUCGUGAGCUUCGUGUGUAAGGUUUUAUUCAGUUUCUUUCUUUGUUUUAAAGAGGCUUUAAACCUUGAAGUUCAUUCGCCUCUAUUAUUCAGUUUCGUCUCUGUUGUUUCGUUUAAAUUGAUUUGUGGUGUAGUAAGCAUACCCUAUCUCAGAUUAUCAUCAUACCGUUUAGACUGCUCGAAGUAUUCAAUGAAAAUAAUUGAUUGAUGUUCUUUGCUUAUUUGAAUCAAUAGUACUCAUUCUACAUCGACUAGUAUUGAAAUUUUUUCAAUAUAUCCAUAAAAAUCUUCAACAGAAAAUGAAUCUGUUCAAUAUUCCUUGCGGUCAAACUUGAUACUCUAUAAAGAUAUUUUCAUUCCAUACGGAAAAAUUAAUCAUGGUUCAUUAUUU